GGAAGGCAAGAGGAGGAGAACGAGGAGGAGGAGGAGGCGACGGCUGUCAUUUUUUUCAUUUGUACCAACGGGCACGUUUCUCUGGAGCAAACCCAGGCGGGUGUUACAGUCCUACAGGCUCCAUCAGCAGGCGUCUUAUCGGACGGUCUGUCCACAUUGCGGUUGAACUUCGGAAAUGAGAGAGAGAGAAGACGGCUGUUUCGUGGAUGACAUUUGAUUAUUUCGUCUCGGUGUCAUUUUUGGGUGCUUAUUUAAAGCCAGUUCAACUUAAAUACCCGUGCUGCGUGCCUCUCCGCUGCAGAGAAUGCAUUAAAAAAUGAAUUUAUAUUAGCGACUGCGUGUUUGGACGACUUUCUGUAGCCUGUCAUCGAGGAGGAAGGGGGAAAAGCAUGUCAGUGAGUCAACAGCUGGAGUCGAAAACACACGACGGAUAUCGGUCAACGUCCGCGCUCUCUCUUCAUAGCUGACGUAUGGGCUUUAUUAAUCCGUCCAUUCAUUCACUAAUUCAGCAGGAAGCCGAACAAGAAAGAAGAAACCCGCUGUACCGCCUCACGUUUUGUCGCUGCUGUAAGAGAGCUUGUCGAGGAGGGACAUCCUUCACCGGUCAACAAAUCCAGCGAUGGAGUCCCCACAUGCAAACCUUGGCUGUUAAGGGUUAACAGAUUAAUAAAGGGAGCUGUUUUUGAGAAAUCCGAAGUUAAGAAAAGAGGAAGAAAGGAAGGAGGGAGAAGAAGAGGAGAGAUAGAGGGGAAACGGAGCAACAAAAAAAAGAGGAGACGAGAAGCUCUCUGGUUACUGGUGGGGAAGGCGGCUCUAACGCAGCUCGCCCAGCCUAACCCUGGGACUAAUAAACGGAAGGAGAGGCAGAAUGUGUCAUCGCCGUUACCCUUCGCUCUGACUGAGUGAGGGCAGUGUCGGGUAGUCGGGGACAACCGGUGGUCGUUAAACCUCCGGUGUGUGUGUGUGUGUGUGCGCGCGCGUGUGUAUAGCCUAUGUAUGAGGGUGGUGGUGGUGGUAAAAACCGGUUUUUGAUGAGCGAGAAAGUGACGUGCCGCCCUCCCACCUUCCCGCCCUUUGCCACGAACCGCUUGUUAACUCAACGGACAAGACAGCCGAAUACUUUAUUUUUCGCUCCAUACUUAUAAAUACACCACCUUUAUCUAUAUUACUGUUUAUUUUUUUGAGUGCCUGUCUGUUGAACCCUUCACUGACUCUCCAAAUCUCGCGGGAUAUAAAAGGAAAUAAAAGGGUGAAUCUAAAAGAGAGGAGCAAAAGCGAUUAAGACAAACAGGAGCCGCCUAUAUGAAGAUGCUGAUGUGUGACCGCGGCGUCCAGAUGCUCGUGACGACGGUGGGCGCGUUCGCCGCCUUCAGCCUCAUGACCAUCGCCGUCGGUACCGACUACUGGCUGUACUCGCGCGGGGUCUGCCGCGUGAAGAACAGCGGCGACAACGACACGAGCCGCAAGAACGAGGAGGUGAUGACGCACUCCGGCCUCUGGCGAACCUGCUGUCUGGAAGGAACAUUCAGAGGUGUGUGUAAGAAGAUUGAUCACUUCCCAGAGGAUGCGGACUAUGAAGCAGAUGCUGCUGAAUACCUCCUCCGUGCUGUGCGUGCCUCCAGUAUCUUCCCCAUCAUGAGUGUGGGUCUGCUGUUCCUGGGGGGGCUCUGUGUGGCCGCCAGUGAGUUUUACCGGAGCCGACACAAUGUCAUCCUCAGUGCAGGAAUCUUCUUCGUCUCUGCAGGUCUAAGUAACAUAAUAGGAAUUAUUGUCUAUAUCUCAGCCAACUCGGGUGACCCGGGCCAGAGUGACAGUAAAAAGUCUUACUCCUACGGCUGGUCCUUCUACUUUGGCGCCCUAUCCUUCAUCAUGGCAGAAAUGGUGGGUGUGCUGGCCGUGCACAUGUUCAUCGAGAAGCACCGCAAGCAACGGGCCAAGUCUCGCACCGAGCUCAUCAAAAAGUCUGCCUUCAGCCGCAUCCCCUCCUACCGCUACCGCUUCCGGCGUCGCUCCAGUGUGCGCUCUUCCGAGGCCCCGAGCCGUGACACCUCACCGCUGGGGAAAGGCGGCUACACAGGGCCCGCCGCCUCUGAGAUGCCCAUGUACACGCUGAACCCACGCGAGGCAGGCAACGCCGGCACCAAACCUGGCAGCGGCAUGGGCGGCCUGCUCAACUCAGAAAGGGAUUUCCUCCAGAGCAGCACGCUCACUAAAGACUACAGCAAGGACCCCAACCGCAGGACCACGCCUGUCUGAGAGGUGCCGGCUGCAGAUAUCGCCCAAUCAAAGUAUCAAAGAGAAUGAUGAUGAGAAAUACAGGGGGAGUGCAAGCAAAAGCAGGGGACACAUAGGGUUACGUGGGUGGGUUUGGGGUUUGAUAAACUUUGACUGUGAACUGUGAACUUUUAGCCUUUGAACUGUGAAUCCUGAGCCUUGUGAGCGUUUCAGUGUGUGUAGCAGCGUUGGUUUUGAUGGAGAAGUUGUUCCCAACUCCACUUUACCACAUAUCACUGUAGUUAUACCUGUAACCCCUUACAUAUGAAGGCACAUUCGAUUUAUGUUCAUGAGUGUUAUGUUCAUAAAUUGACUUUCUGGCUUUUUUGAGGGGGAAAUGGGAUUGACCCGAGUUUAAAAGCAUAUCGUAAGUGUUUUGCUGUUUGGGACAACUUCUCCUAAAAAAAAAUGAAAAUAAUGUGAACUGAAGGAGAAGAGGAAAAAAGAGUUGAGAGACUCUGUGUGAUCUCUGUCCUCCUAACCUUUUGGAUAGCAGUUGGAUUAGUGCAGGGUACAGCCGUUGAGCUCUCUGAUCACGAUGCUAUUUAAAAGUAUGGACGUUAACGCCUCAGAAUAGGGAUUGAUUCAUUUUCAGUUCAGCUGGAUUCAAAAAUAUUAAUUGAAGAUGCAGUUGGCCCAUUUAUGGCAGCACAUUUAUGGCACUAGUUAUUAUUUUCUAUACAUAUUGUAUAUAUACUCCUUUCAUAUUGAUUGAUGGAAAGACUCACUUCAUAACUGACUGAACUGAAACUGAAUUGAGCUCGUUCCUGGUAACAUUUACCCCCAUCUCUCUGAUCCCAGGUCAGUCGUUAAACCUGCGUGGAGGUUUUUGAUGAAGAGAAACGGGUAUACUGACUACAAAUCAGCUGUUUCGGGAGGAAAAGAUGGGAUUCAACAAAAAUAAUGAAUCUUUUUUAGAUUGUUACGUUACAUCAUUGGUGCUUCCUUUUACCCCUGUUUUCAACCACACAAAAUCUUGUCAUCUCUUGAUUUAUUUAUUUUUCACCCCAAACUGAAAGAGAUGAUCAAAUAUGUGUCCGUUUGUCCGCCUUCACUGGUCACCUUUCACCUUACACAUUUUUCUGUGUAGCCCCAUAAAUCACCUCACUGCUACCCUCUCUACACACCUCCUCUCACCCUUUCUUUCUCUUUUAGGUCCUGUCUUCCGUUGGUGUUGCUCGUAGACUAGUUAGGGUUUUCUGGGGGUUGUUGGUUCAGGGUACUGUCGGAGGAGACCACUGAGCUGUGACUAUGUUUAAAGGCGGAGCCAAAAAGACAUUAAACAAACAGAUGGGCUUUUUUGUGCCCACUACCUCUUGGGGAAUAUCAUAAAGAUGAAUUUAAUAUAAAGUUGUCUUUUCUUGCCAGAAGAAUUGUCAAAGAUUUCAGCUGAAAAAUUAAAGACUGAGAAAAUG